AUUUGCCUCAAAUAAAAAAGACACUUUCUUCAAUUUCCAAGGGCGAACUUCCCUCGUGUUCACCAACCAGCAUUUGGGGGUGAGAAUUUAUUCGUAUAAUAAUGUUGAAACCCAUCAAUCAUCAUCAUCAUCCAAUUCAUUCAUUCGCAUCCAAAAUGCAAAUGCGUACAUGAUAUGCAUGCGCGUGGCGGCAUGAAUGAAUGAGAUUCGCGAUUUGGACGCCGUGCGCGAUCGUGACCGAAUGAAUGGAGUCGUUGAAAAGCUGGCGGUGCAGGAAUGUGCUAGGUUUGGUGGCGUUGACGUUGUUGUUGUGGGGUGGGGGCGGGGCAGAUGGGUUUAUCGGGGUGUAUUGGGGCCGAUUUGCAACCCAAAGUAUGGUGCCCUCAAUCGCGGUGGAUUUGCUUCUGCAGAAUGGGAUUUCUGAGAUCCGGUUGUACGCGCCGUCACCGAACGUGCUGACGGCACUGGAGGACAGCUCUCUAGGCGUCACCGUCACCGUACCCAACGAUUUCGUGAGAAGGAUGAAAUGGAGCAAUCUCCGCAACAUUCGCGACUGGAUCACUGAACUCAUUGCGGUGCCCGUUCAAAGAGGAGUCAAAAUUAAGACAAUAAUCGUUCUUGAUGAACCAUUCCUUCGCAUCUCAGCGCUAGAACCAAUUUCGAAUGCAACAAAAGUCUUCAGGGAAACGGUGGAGAGUCUGCAUAGCACAAACCUGUCACAUAUAAGAACAACCACUUCCCACUUCACAGAUAUAUUGAAGAUUGUGAACAAGCCAUCCGAAGCCGAGUUUCGGGACGAUAUCAAGGACGAGAUGCUAGAAUACCUGAGCCUGUUCAACAGCACCAAUUCCUUUUUCAUGUACGAUGUCUACCCGAUCUUCUCGGCCCAAGCCAACAACUGGCCCAUCGAAUUUGCUUUCAUGGACAACAAGUCCAACUUCAGCAUUGUAGACGGGCAAUACGCCUACACGAAUGCCUUUGAGUUCAUGUUUGAUGCACUUGUUGUUGCCAUCGAAAAGGCCGGGUACCCGAACAUGGAAAUCGUGAUCGGGCAAGUCGGGUGGCCAACAGACGGGGCUAAAGACGCCAAUGUUACUAAUGCAGAAAGGUUUUACCGCACUUUUCUCAAGCAUAUAGUGGACAAAAAGGGAACCCCGAGACGACCAAACACUAACAUAGAUGUGUUCCUUGCUACAUUGACCGAUGAGAACAGGAUUCCCCUAGUUUUAGGGAACUACCAACGUCGAAGGGGAAUCUACAACUAUGACGGCACACCCAAAUUCAAGAUUGACUUCUCUGGGCAGGGGCGGGACAUCUACCCGUGGGCAGCCAAGGGGAUAGUGAAAAUGCCUUCGCGCUGGUGCAUAUUCAAUGGAGACCAGAGCAACUUGACUAAGGUGGAUGAGCAGGUGAAGUUUGCCUGCAACAAAUCUGACUGCUCCUCUCUCUACUUUGGUUCCUCAUGUGGCAACCUUAACUACACCUGGAAUGCCUCCUAUGCCUUUAACAUGUAUUACCAGUCCAACAACCAGGAGCUGGAAAAUGGGGCUUGCAGUUUUGCAGGAUUGGGCGCGUUGACUCCGUUUGACCCCUCGGUGGGUACUUGUACCUUCCCGGUGGAGAUUUUGACGGCUGAGAAGGUCGAUGGGGGCGUGCAAAUGCUCAACUAUGUUGGGUAUGCGCAAUCUGGUGCCACAUCUUACUCCGCAUUGCAGAUUUCGAUUGCUCUUCCAUUGUUUUCCUGUCUAUUUGUCUUGAUCAAACACAUUUCUAGUAAGCACUCCUCAUUUUUAUGACAAGUUGGGUUCCCAUGUUAUUGUAAAAAAAAAAACUGUGGACAUCUAAAAUUAGUGGGCCAUUAUAGUUCAUGAAUCAAUUGGGCUUACGAUGUAAUCAUGACGGUAUGUUAUUGUCAUUGGGCUUCUUGAAAAUCUACCGGGCUAUUUUACAUCUUAUUGGGCCCCCUUUGAAUGCUAUUG